AUGGUAUUUCUGACGGCUAAUCGAUUUGUUGAUAUGACUAGGAAAUGGAGAUAUAUUCGAUAUUUUAGAGUGAGCAAUGACACGUGACAAACGUGGCACAGAUUUUUAGUGUGAAUUGCGCAACAAUUUCCACGUGGAUUAUCGAAUUUCAAAAUUUAUUUUCUGUGAUUUCCGCGCAAAAAUUCAAAUUUUAAAUUUUUCCAGCGUUGGUAUUUUGUCCAUCUCAUUUGUUGUCUCCUAUUUGUCUACUCGACUUUCAUCUCCAUAAUUUCCGAUCCUCUUUUAUUCAAUUCAACUUUUAAAGCCUAUCUUUUCGAUCCAAUAAAUGGAAUUGAGGUAAGUUCUCGUUUUUCGCGUCAAAUUUUUUUAAAAUCGAUUUAAAUCUUUAGAACACUUCAUAUACCGGAAGAAUUGAAUUCAUGAACAAUUUAAUCACAAUUUCGCUGCUAUUUUUCUUCAAUUUCCGAAUUUUUCACGCACUUCAUCAUGAUUAUGAUAAUAAUUGGAGAGCAGCGACGAAAAUUCGAAAACAAGUAUUUUUUCAAACCGUUACAUUAUCGAUUUUCUAUUCGAUUCCAAUUUUGGGUUGUUUUCUGACGGCACAUCGAAAAGAAACCGAAAUUGUCAAGUUUUAUUUGUGGUGUUUGGAGAUUUGCUUUCAAUUUUGUGCUGGUCUGCCUUCUUUAACAUUUCUGUUCUUUUGCUCGUAUUUGAGACAUGACUUGAUGAAAUUUCUUCGUUUUAAAAGAUAUCGUAUUGUUCCUCCGAAAUCAACUGCCCGUGUUACCUCCAUACAAACCACUGAACUCUAA